CUGUGCUGCCGCGCCAGGGCCACCCGGGCAGGGGCGCCGUUGGUGCCGUUACUGCCCCUACCUCGUAGAAAGGUCGGAGGACAGGGCAAAUGAGAUGUCGGUGGGACCACCCUGCCGAAGUCCCUGAGCGGAGGAUGCGCUGUUUCCGGUUCGGUCCUGCUGCUGCGCCGACCUUGCAGAAAACCCGGUCCUUAGUUUCCUGCGGUGUGCAGUCUCCACCGACAAUCAGCAAUUCAUCCCCAGGAUUGCUCCAGUCUCUGUGAUAACGGACCAGCCUUCCCGGUGAGCGUGGAGGAUGGAAGAAGAGACUGAGAUCCAGGAUGAGACAGAAACUGUGGAGAAGACCACCAGUGCGGGAGGUACGGGGACAAAGGUCGUGAGCCGGCUGGCGAACUGCAAUCCCCGUUGUUGUCUAGCAUCCCCACCCGAUCCCAGCUUCGAGUCCAUAGUGCGAAUCAGGCUUCAUUAAUAACGCACGCGCACGCACGCACGGACCCCACUCCAACAAAACGCCCCUGCUUAGUGAAGGCCACAUUUCACUACAAGACUGCAGGUACGAUAACAAAGAAGAUGCUAAUCAUUUCAAGUUUGAUAUGUGGAGCUAUGGCUGUUCUUCUUUGGGGCAUUUUAGGAUUUCCUCAAAAACUUGGAAUAUCAAGGAUAUUUAAAGAAAACUCAUGCUUAGAGGAAUUAACUAUAUGUCCAGAAGGCUGGAUUCGAAUUAAUAAUACUUGCUUCUUUAAAUAUGAAAAAGAAGCAACUUGGAAACUUGCACAAGACAGCUGCAGAGCCUCUCAUGCAUCUCUGGCGAAGGUCAUUUCCCAGGAAGAAAUGGAGUCUUUGAUGCAGAAUCUGGGGUCUUCUUCAUAUUGGUUUGGACUGCACAAACACAGUGAGCACAAAUUCUGGAUGUGGGCAGAUGGAUCUAUGUACACCAACUGGUUCAAUAUUGAAGAACACGGCGACUGUACCUUCAUAAGUAAGAAAGGCAUAAGUAGUGCCAAUUGUGAUGAAAUAAAAGACUAUAUUUGCAGCAGAAAAAGCUACUGUCCUUAGAUAAUGACUUCUCUCACACAGGAAAUAAAUGCUGAACCCUGACAAGAAAGAAAAUAUCAUUGGUUGGGCAUGGAAAAUAUUAAAAUGACAAGAGCUCUCUCCGAAGAAAAGUCUUCACAUACUCUUCAUGUUCUCUACCAACUCUCAACAUACUUAGAGUUCAAAAGUUGGAGAAAGUGUCCCAGAUUCAUUGAACAGAUUUGAAUCUUAUUUCUUUUGAAAAUCUAUGUAAGAUUUUUCACGAUUGCCCUUUAGAAUCUCACAUCUUCUGCAAUUUGAUGUAUAGCAUACUUUUAAUUUUCACAUUUAUUAUAAGCCCCUACACAGGUGCAUUUAUUUAUAUAUAGAAGCUUGUGUUUACACAUUCAGAAGCACGUAAGUAUAUGCAUGCUAUAUACAAAAAAAAAAAAAUGUGUGUGUGUGAGGAUUCCAGGCUUGAGGCCAACAACCUAGGCAACAUAACAAGACCCUGUCAAACACACACACAUGAACACAGCCCAGCCAUAGCAGCUUAGCAGUGGUACAGCACCCUGCAAUGCUGGAAGCUAUAGGGGAGCUCAAGGUUAGUUCCCGGUGUCCUGUCCGUACCAGAUGUGUGCA